AUGGCCAAGAGCAACGAACAGGAUCGCGGCGAUGAGACGACCGGAAAGUCUGAGUGGAAGCAACACGCGCCUUACAAGAUCCACGACACCAGCGAAUUCGACGUCAAGUACGAGGCCAACUGCCACUGCGGGAAAGUCAAGUACCAGCUGAGCCGUCGCGAGCCUCUGGACAGCAAGCUCUGCCAUUGCACUACUUGUCAAACACAGCAUGCCGCCCCCUUCCAAUGGGCUGCCAUUUUCCACAAGGAAGACAUCAACUUCACGCACGGCCACCACGAGCUAGAAUGGUACGACCCAUCUUCAAAAUCCAUCGAGCACAAGCUGCCCUGCAAAGUGCGCUGCUCGUACUGCCACUCGCCCAUCAUGGACGAGGGCCGCAAAAUGAUCCUGCUCUUCCCCUCCCUCAUACACCUCAAGACGGACGAGGACAAGGCGUACUUCAAGCCCCGCUGCCAUAUGUUCUACGGCCAGCGCGUCAUAGAUAUUCCCGACGGCCUGCCCAAGUGGACCGGCAUAAACAACGAUUCGGAUCUUAUUGAGGAUAGCCCGCCUGAGAAGGUCAAGGAAUUGCAGCGGAAGAGGGAGGAGGAGCGCGAGAAGAAACUUAAGGAGGGUGAUGCGGAUGAGACGACUAAGGAGGGGUCGGGGUCGAAAUAG